CGGUAGACUUUGUAAUUGUCAGUAAAAGGUUAUAAGGGUAUAAGAUAUUUUAAGGAUGUCUUGUCUUAUAUCUUCAUGUUUCGGUUUAGUAAUGGCUGAAUAAAGUUUACAGAUAUUUAGGUGUACACAUUGAAUGAAUCCUAAUGUUGAGCAAAUCGACUAAUAGGAACAUAUAGCCUAGGCUUAGGCAGAUGAUAGGCAACAACGGCAUUUUAAAGGAGGGUUGACGUCGUGGAGGUGGCCGAUUCUACUAUCUUUAAUGUUUUUUUUCCGAUAUCGGACUAAGCGGCGUAAUGGAACACGCGAGGAUGAAAGAGAUAGAUGUAAAGCAGUUCUUCUGAUUUCAACUUUUGUUCUAUGACGCCGAGCUCGCCCUGCGCCGGACACUUUAUCGUUAUUAUUUAUCCUGCGGGACAUUGCUAUGUGUAAUUUGGGCUACUAGGUGAGUGUGAUUACAAUUUCUAGGUUAUGCUUGUGUUACAAAAUAAAGGGCUUAAAGUUACCUAAACUUCAGCUGUUAGUUGAGUUUGUUUAAAAAAAACACUCAGGCUUGUCAGUGACUGUUUCUUAGAUAAUUGCAACUACUAUAAUAUAUAACUAUUCAUAAGAGGUAUGACGAAGGCAGAUUUUAUUGCUAAAGCUUAUCAGGCAAUAAGGAUUAAAAACAAUACAAACUAAUAUUUAAACUAAUACUUAUUAGUUUUAUCAUCGCACGUAACAAAUAAUAUAAAUUAACGAUUUCUCUACUUCAGUAGACUGCAAUACUUAGUUAUGUAUUCUAAACUAAUGAUAAAGUGAUUCCAUAUAACAUUAUAACAUUUUACAAAAACACAAUUAGGCAAUAACAAUAAUAACCGUCAAAACGCAACAUUCGCAGUACGAUAACGAACUGUAUUUGAAGCCUAAUUAUAAUGCCACUAAAACGAUUUCCUAAUUUAGUGGCGUGGAAAACGGCCAAUCGAGCGGAACGGGGUAAUCUAGCUUGUAUUGAUUUCUCUAUACGUCGGUGAUUCACUGAUCCGAAAUAACCAAAAUAAAAUUAUUAUAAGGGAAAAUUUCAAUUUGAUACUUGUAUGGUUUGAGUACGAGGAAAAAGCAUAGACUGAGCCAACAGCUUCGUAUCCGGUAGAUUUAAAUAAGUAUUUAAGUAAGUUUUUUUCGGCAUUUCUGUUCAGCAGUGGUCGUUCUGAAAUUUCGGUAGUUAGCAGCUUUAAGAAAAAUACUAUAUUAAAAUUUGACGUGAAGAAAAUGCAGUAAAUUUAUAUAAUUGUUAGAAUUAUGGAAAUCUGCACAUUGCACAACCAAGCAAUUAACGUUUCUAUAAUUUGCAUUUCUAUACCAAAAAUAAUAAUUGAAACGCAUAUCAGAUCUCAGCAGUUAUCAUUACGAAAUGAUAAUAGUUUGUUGUUUUGAGAAAAAUAUUCAUUAUUAUAUAUUUACGAAAUUCGGAAAGGUGCACGCGCAGGUUUUCGUAAAAGUAACGGUAUUUCUUUCGAAAUCUUCCAACCUAUUAAUUGUCAGAUAAAUAAUUAAAAUAAAUAUUAAAACUAAGUAAGCCACUUCAACAAAAGCUUCACGUACGUCCAACAAAAACAACUUUUAUUUUGUGGUUGAAACAUAACAACUUAUCUAUAGAGUUUAGAUUCCAAUAUGUUUAUCCUUCCAUUAUAUCGGAAAUAUAUCGCAAGAAAGAAAUCUCCACAGGGUCGUAAACUGCGCUCCGUUUUACGAUCCCUUCGAGACCUGCUUAGCAAUAAUUACGUGGCUGUAUUCAAUCACGGAGUUAGGAUAAGCCGUUCCGUUCGACGCAGAGGUGCCUUGUGAUAUCAUUACUUUGUGAUUGCGAUCCGUUUCAGCUGCCAUGAGUUUUAUGGCGCUGGUUCUUUGUUUUUAAUUCUAGUGGUAUAAUAUAAAACGAAAUGAUAUUUGAGUGUAUGUUAAAUGACAAAAACUUGCUUUAUUUGCUCUAAUUAUAAUAUAAUAUACAUUUUAGUUAACCCAUUGCAUCCAUAUCCUACUAAUAUUAUAAGGUAAAUGCGAAAGUUUGUGAGGAUGUAAGUUUGUAUAUUUUUUACAAAAUCUAUUGGACCGAUUGUUAUGUAAUUUGGUACACGGGUAGAAUAUGACUUGAGACUACACUAAGGUAUAUUUUUUAUCCCGAAAUUGCCACGGGAGCAAAGCGGCGAGGCACAGCUUGUAUUUUUAUCGCCGAUCAAAUAUGUUUAAACAAACAUUACAUUACUUGAGAUCCUUCAAACGACGUCCCCUUAACCUUAGCAUCGAAAAUCCAAUUGGGCCGGUCAGCGUCCUCACCUUUGAUAAAAGUCCAACACUGACAUACUAACCUUAGGUGUCAGGUAUCAGCUGACUGUAUCCUAUGGCCCAUUCUGCGGUCCCACGCGCAGGCGCGGUUUUUCUGCGGGAGAGAUGGGACUAAACCUGCAGUACCUACCCGACUGCCUUCAGCGGUGGUUGAAACUAGCCGGAAAUAAAAAUAAAUCGCUAUUCAAAAUUUCGCGGAACUGGCUGUUGAUUAAAAAAAAAAUUUUGAAUUUAGUGUCUUGACUGUGGUUCUGUUUUGUGGACUUUUAAUGAAGAUCGAGCGGCUGGAUAGUGCACUAACUUCGUAAACGUACGAAGCCGAAGUGAUCAAAAGAAAAAGGCCGCACUUUAUACCCGGCUCUAGGGCUAUCGUUUACCCGAACCUCUCAUGAAUAUGACAUCAGGCGGUCGGCGUUGACCCACGAUGUUGAUUUAUGCCCCAGUGAUCCAUCACCCAGCCCGGAUACCCAGACUUACAAAACAGACCACUUUUGCUUGAUACAACAACCGAUAAAGCCUUUUGUGAAACUCUUUCCAUUGACUAUGCAUGAAGUUGACUAACUCGCGUUUUAUUAACGUCAAAGUUCGAAUAUAGAAUGUUCUUUUAUCGAACGGUACAAAUCUAGAAUGCUUUUUGUUGAACAAGACUAAUCUAGAUGGCGCUGUGAUUAAACAUGCGUCGACGACCGUUACCACCCGUACGUGAGGAAGUUCCUAAUUCGAAAUCGUGGAAAAGUGUUUGUGAAAAUGAGUGGAUAAUAUAUACACUAGUUGCGUGUGUGGGUGCGUUAACUUACGCGAAUAGUUUAAAUGGUGAGUUCGUACACGAUGACAUUCCGGCCAUAGUGUCAAAUAGGGAUGUGAAUAGCGGCAACCCUGUGGUGCAAGUGUUUAAAAAUGACUUUUGGGGGACUCCCAUGUCCGACCCGGGAAGCCACAAGUCCUACCGGCCUUUGACUACGUUAUCUUUCAGAUUAAACUACGCCCUCUUUGGAUUCUCUCCGUGGUGGUGGCACGCGUGCAAUGUCGCGCUGCACGCCGCGUGCUGUGUCCUGGUCGCCCGCACCGGCGCGCUGGUCGCUCGUCUGCAACGCCCGUUUGCAGCGCUUGCCGCGCUUUUGUUCGCUGUACAUCCGAUACAUACUGAAGCGGUGGCAGGCGUAGUCGGCCGAGCGGAUGUUCUUGCUUGCGUAUUUUUCUUAUGCUCACUACUUUUGUACCAUGGAUCAACGGGCCGUCACCGCGUCUGGGCCAGCAUUCUCCUGGCGGCUCUCAGUAUGCUGGCCAAGGAGACUGGGCUUACAGUCCUACUGUUCAACAUAGCUUUCGACCUCUACCGCUGUUGGAGUCCGUUAUCCAGAAUAUCCUCAGCCAUAAAAUGCCGCUGGAGAGGCGACAGUAUGUGGGGGCGAGUGGCGCGGGUGCUCGCAGCAUUGGCCGUGCUGGUCAGCGUCAGAUUAGCGCUGCUGCAGGGGUCAUUGCCUUCUUUCUCCCCGCAGGAUAACCCACCGGCUUUCCACUCGUCUUUUAUUGUCAGAUUGAUGACCUUCUGCUACCUGGCAGCUUUCAACUGGUGGCUACUCCUGUGUCCCUGGUGGCUGAGCCACGACUGGCAGAUGGGUUCUAUACCUCUGGUUACCGGAGCUUGGGACCCUCGCAACUUGCUCACCUGCGCCGCUAUAUUCACACUAGUCACACUGUCGUAUCGGUGUCUUAUAGAUUUGGAGCUCCAAAGACACUCACCUGUAGUGGUGGGUCUGAUGUUGCUGGUGAUACCGUACCUCCCCGCCUCCAACCUGCUGGUUACCGUCGGUUUCGUCGUUGCCGAAAGAGUCCUUUAUAUACCCAGUGUGGGUUCAGUGAUUCUCACAGCGUAUGGCGUUGAGUUACUCUGGCGCCGAGCAAACUCCCGGUGGGUACUGUUCCUGGCUGCAGCGUCGCUGGUCGCGUCAGGAGUGGCGCGGACCCAUCUGCGGAAUAGAGACUGGAGGACCAGGGAAACACUACUCAGGGCUGAUUUAGCAGUUCUCCCUCAUAAUGCCAAACUCCACUACAAUUUCGCCAAUUUCCUGAAGGACGUGGAACAACAAGAAAGCGCUGUCAAACAUUACAAGGAAGCAUUAAAAUUAUGGCCAAGCUACGCCAGUGCCCACAAUAACCUGGGGACUCUGGUGACCGGCUGGAGUCGAGCUGAACACCAUUUCUUGCAAGCGCUGAAAUACAACCGGGACCAUGUCAACGCUCACUACAACCUUGCCAAGUUGUACAGGAAGAAGAACCGAAACACGGAAUCUCUAAAAAUGCUGGAACGCUGCAUCUCAUUGGAGCCGCGGUUCGUGCAGGCCUACUUGGAGAUCCUGAACUUGACUGAAGAGGACGAGAAACGAGCGAUCUUGGACAAACUGGUCGAGUUGGAACCAAGCAAUUGGGAACAUUAUUUGCUCUAUGGGAACUGGAUGAAAGACAGAGGGCUACUCCCGCUGGCUCUGCAGUACUACACCACAGCUAUGAGGCUCUCCUUCAGCGGGGACACGCAGAACCAUGAACGAGGGAAGGUUCUGUCCACUCGAGCCGCGUGUCUCGCUUAUAGGAGUAAUGGACAAACAGCACGGGUGUUGCAGAUGCUUACUAGAUGGCAGGCAGCACGGUGCGGCAGCCAGCCGCAGUCAGCGCGCAGACGCGCGGCGCGCGCGUGGCGCCUGCGCACGGAGCUGGCGGGCCGCGCCGCGCUCUACGCGCGACCGCACGCUGCGCACACGCAGACAACUUCGACCUGUCUCCACCACAGCAAACUAGAAGUGUCACCGGGCUCGUACGUCAACGGCAAGCACCUAGUAAAAGCCGAUACAAGGACUCUCUUAAACAAAAAUAACGUCCGUCGUGAUAUAGACGCCAUAUUAUCGAGGGAUGACAAGAAUCAUUGUCAAAACAAAGAUUUGAAAAAAAGCAUUUCAAUCUCUGCUCAAUAUAAACCCACACAUAACAAAUCCGAUACUGGCCAUAAACAAAAGAGCUGCCCUUUGCAUAAAAAGAAAAAAAUUAAACAACCCGAAACAUUUACGCCAUUUGUUUCUGACCACUUGAUACAGACUUAUUAGAGUAGAUUAUAUAAGUAGGUACGCAUAAAGGGAGUCAGUAUUAAUCUCAUUCAUUAAAAUUAUUUUAUUAAAAUAUAACAAUUGUAAAUAGAAUUAAAUCAUGUUUAAUUAAUUAAAACGAUUUUAAGCAUAUACAUUUCCUUUAUCUAAAAUUGUGUUUAUUAAUUUUCAUAUUAUUUUCAUCUUGAUCAAAUCGUUCUAAUUAAGUAAGUACUUAUACAAUUUACGAGUACAAUUUUGUAAAUCUAAGUUAAUAUUGACAGAAAAAAUAUACAGUUGUAUAUUCUUACUGUUUAAGUGCUAUUUUAACGAAAUUAAAAUAAUGUUUAAUUAGUUAGUUUCUAUAUGAAAUUGUGCCACAAUACGAUUACAUGCAAUAUUCAGUAGGUAUGUAUUGAAAAUGGGUGGGACCACGAGUCAAAAGUCCCACUAAAUUACUCGUCCAAUCAAAUCAUGUUUUUAAAGGUACGUACGGUAUGUGGUAUGUGAAAAAUAAACAAUGAGUCAUUUUAUUUUAAAAUGACUCAUUUUAUUUAAAAAAUUAAAAUAAUUAAACUUUUAAUCAAAGAAUUAGCGUGGGUUGCAAAUACCUAAUUUUUUCUAAACGUCUGCGGCGGCACAACGGUUAAAAUCAACGUCAAAUAUGACGGUGCAACUCACUCUUAAACUGGACACUAUCAGUGCGACUUCAUUUCUAAUUAAUCAGAAAAAUGAACAAUAACUGUUAUUUUGCUCGCUGUCGUAUUCUAUUUUAUCGACGGUAUUACUGCUUUAUUGAAUUAUUCAAUGUCCUACAUAUAUCAUCCAUAUGAUACCUUGAAUGCUAUAACAGCAUCUUCUUCUUCAUAGACGUAUUCCUCAUGGCUGAGGGUCGUGGUCAUUACGUGGAAUGAAACACACACAACAACUUUCUUGGCAUUAUUAAUGGAGUGGUUUGCCAUUGCCUUCUCCAUUUCACAAACAAGUUAAUAAGAAUCAACCAGUAUGCAGGUUUCCUCACGACGUUUUCCUUCACCGGAAGCAAGUGGUGGACGAUGAAAACUACUAUACAUGAGUCAGAUUGGUAUACAAACUCAUGUGGCACGAGUAGGAUUCGAACCUGGGACCUUUCGAUUCACAGGCGAGCGUCUUAACCAUUACACCACAAUCGCUUCAUAACAGCAUAACAUAUUAGGCAGAUAAGAUGCAAAACCCUACAUAAAUACUUAACGCCUUAACCAAAUGUUAUUGUAUAAACUAUUUAUAUCAAAACCAACAGAAUACAAGCGGUACUUGCAUCUUGGUAUUGUUCGACCUGGAUACGAAUAUAAGCGUGUACAUAAUUGUAAAUUAAAUUAGGUAUUACUGCUAUGACAUUAUAUAGGCAGGUUAGACACGCAUUAACUAAUGCUCAUUUGAAAGUAAUCAAAACUGGUGUCGUAAAUUUAUUGUCAGAAAUAUCAACAAUGUUAUUAAUUUUAUUUGGAAUUACUGCUUGCACGACGUUACGACUUGACGUUUUGAUGUACAUACGAUAGAUAGGUAUAUAUUAAGCACAAGGACUGGAGUAUAGGCAAAGUUAAUGUUAUUGUGAGGCAAUUGUGUAAUUAUACGUUAAUGUCUUGCUGGAUAUAAUUAUCAUUAAAUAUAUGGAUAAAUACAGGAUUCGUUAGAAUGUAUAUCUGUUUAUUUAUUCCACAAACUCAAAGACACCUGUUUAAAAUAUUUUGUCUUUAGGCCUUGAUGUAUUGAUAUUGUUUAUCUAAUAAAUAACCAGAUGUUUUUUCUCGUAACGUUUUCUACCAUAAAUUAAUUGAAACCUUGAUCGUCAAAAAUAGUUAAAUAGAUGUUACAUUUGUUUAUUAUUGAUUACGACACAUAAAUA